CAAAAAAAUAAAGAAUAUUCAAUAUAAUUUUCAUCCUUCGUAUAUCUUUAAUAUUUUGCAUAAUUUAAUUCAGAGUUUAUCACUCUCUAAUAACAUGUCAUAUCAUUUUGUAAUGUGGUAAAUCCAAUUUUUGCACGACUUACUGUUGGAUUCGACAAGUGACGUCACACAAGAGCGGCGAUUUUGAUAAACACAGAUGGUGCGUAAUAUAAGCUCAUAGCGUUAGUAUCAGAAGUAAGAAAAUGACUCUGAUUACGCACGAUGGAGCUCGGAGAAAACUCCAAUUUGUACCUUCAUCACAGAGAACGUACUAUUUAGAUAUUUCUUCAACAAAACAAAGAGCAAAAGUCGUCCAGAGAAUAUUGGCAUUGCAGGGGAAAAUUGAGGAGUUCUUGUCUAAAGAUGUGAAUUUGGUACUCACCGAUCGAAAUAAUAUUUCGAAGGAAUCAGAAACUCCUGAGACCAGUAGCGUUACUCAGAAGCAAACGUUGCCGCUAAGUAGAGGAAAAGCUCUUCUACUGAAAGCUGCAAAACACAAAAGUCUUCCCAAUGAUCCCGUACAGAAUGCCCAUGUGUUGGGUGUAGAUAUUCAGAGAGUCUCAAAGUUUCUGAAGGAGACAGAGCACAUGAAUAUAAAGCAGAAGAAACGUAAUAAGGCAGGGGCAAUGGAUGGGAUUGAGCCCUUGACUUGGUCGGAGAAAGAAAAUUGUCCUAUGAUCAAAUGUGAAGACAUGGAGAAGAAUUAUAAACCUCUGAUGAAACACUUGGAUUCUUUUCCCAGUGUGAAUUAUGGUCCAGAGUUAGCAUCUCCUUUUGAUAAAAAUGUCCUUUUGUGUCGAAAAUCAAAAGAAAAUGUUAAUCGCUAUGCAACUGAAAAGCAGGCAUUACCGAUAAUGAAGAAAGGAGGAUACUGCGAGGCCUGUGAUUAUUGGUACAAAUGCACAUUGAGACAGCAUCUGAAUAGUGAAAAACAUUUGAAAUUCAUCAGAAACUCAACAAAUUAUUUAGCACUUGAUGAAAUUAUGGGGAAACUGCCAUGCUUAGAAUCAUUCUUAAAGAAAUUUAACUUGGAUAAAGAAAUCCAUUGUGACUCCACUCUGAAUGAAAAAUCGCCAAAUCUGACAUCAAAGUCAGUCUUAAAAGAGGAACCCUUGACAAAAACUGUAGUGGAAACUGAUGGCACAUGCUUGUCUGAAAAGUGUGCUGUAGGGGACAGCCUGGUAAAAACCACAGGUGACUUCUACAAGAAAAAUGAGGCUGAUCAUAGUGAACUGUUUUUCAGUGAUAAGAAAUCUAUUGAAGAGGAUGUCUUAGAUAAAGAUAUUCCAAAGCAAGAAAAUCCAAUUGACACAUUACGAGAGCAAAACUUGAAACAGUCCAGUAGGCCUCUGUCUGACAUUUACUUUAGUCCCAUUCAUUCUCCAAGUUGUGAGCCGGCAAAUCUCAGUUUUGCAGACCUGGCUAAUCAGUGGAUGGCAGACAUUAAAUCUGCGUGCAUUAAAACAGAUGUAGACUGCAGCUCAAAUCCACAAAAUAAAAACCUCCAGAAUGAAGAUUCUGUUCUGAACCAACCUUGUGUAACCGAAGAAAGCAAUGCCAAAAUGUUGGAGAAUGUUUCCAAGCCUGUGUCAGUGGCUGAUAACCUGGAUGACGGAGCUCUGGUGACCAAGAUGGAGACUGUACCAACUGAGACUAGAAUUUCUGGACAUGUCUCUUCAUAUGAUAACUCUGCAAAGAGCAUGGUGGCUGAUGAAACAAACAAAGUUCUGUCUGGAAUAAAUGCAUCAGAAAAUGUACCAAGUGUUCUAACAAAUCAUGUAAAUAAUGAGGACAAUGUUCUGGGACUGUUUUCUAACAAAACUCCACAGCUACCUGUAGCUGCCAGCAAAAAGGUCCCAGUCAGCAGAAGGCUGACCUACUCUCCAUGUACCAGCAAGCCAAACCAUGACUUACGUGCCAUGCUAUUCCAGAAUAACUUGGAAAAUAAGGAGAACCAGCCAAGUCCAACUUACGAGUCAGAACAAGGGCAGGAAACGACACAACAGCCAAUCAAAAUAAAGAUCAACCUAAGUAGUUUGAGGGUCAAUCCAAACGUCCAGUUAGUAAAGCCUCAUAGGAAACGACCUCGGGUUUCCUCGUCUAAUGUGUAUUGUGCUGUCCAGCAGAGUGACAUGAAGCUGAAACUGUGUAAGGUCAAGGUCACUCCUAUUCAGCAGAAUGGAGACCUCCGUCACUACUGGAAGGUGCGUAAAUCUGGAGGUUGUCGCCUUGUGUUCAGUGCUGAAAAAAGGAAGGCCAGUGAUGAUGAUGAAUAUGUAUCAAAACGGAAACGUCUCAAUGUACAAUAACAGUGUGUUUGAUUCAGUCAGACGCAUUCAGACACAGAAGUUUAUCUUCAGACUGAAAUCCUUUAUCUUAGCGUUUGAUUUAGAUUGGUGCUUUUUUUUAGUAUUCGAAGAUGGCUUGAAUAUUUUUAUUGUGUUGUUUUAGCUGUAAAUAUAUAUGUAUAUUUAAUAAUGUGGUAUGUAUUUUAUUCAAGGUCUGGUUACUGUGAAUCAUGUUGUUUGUUUUAUUUUUUUUAUCAACGUUUACAGAAUGAAUACAUAUCAAUGUUGUAAAAUUCUCAUGCUAUUUAAAAUAUGAAUACUUUUAAUCUCUUUCAGGAAUAUGCAAUGCUCAUUUUUUUUUAUGGUUGUGCAAUGUCAUUUUUGUGUAUGAUUGUGCAAUAUUAUAACCACAAGAGUGGUCAUUAUUGGAGUGUGUGGCAAACUUGAUAAAGUCUGACCAGAUCUGAGAUGUCUAAUAAUUUGGUGGUUAUAGGUUAAUUUUUGCACAAAUUUGGUCAGCAUAGCUUUUAGAUGAACAAGAGUUUUGUUCUGAUGUAUGUGGACAUCAGCAUACAUGUAUAUUGCCAUAUAACCUACACAUGUUAAUUUAUUGAGGUCUUUAAUGACUACGAGUUAAACAGGAUCAUCCAUGGUUUUAUGACUGAUGAGGUUAUGUGCAUAAUAUUAGAUCUUUUUACCUUUUAUCAAUUAAUGUUAAUACAUGUACUGGAAAUAAAGGAUGAUUG